AUGUUUGUUCUUCAAGAGGUUGUACAAAAUGAAGACAAUAAUAAUAAUAAUAAUAAUACAAAAACAUUUAACAAAUGUUUAGGAAAUGUAGUUAAUGUUAUUGUCUCUUUCGACAUGGGUUGGAGCAAGAGGGGCAAUGGACGGAGUUACGAUAGUCUUAAUGGAUACGACGCGAUUAUUGGAUUUUUUACGGGCAAAAUUUUGGAUUAUCGAACUCGGAAUAGAAAAUGUCGUAAGUGUGAUUUGGGACAUUCCGUAAGCGACCAUGACUGCAGGAAAAAUUAUCAUGGCAGUGCGAAGGCCAUGGAGGCGGACGUUGGGGAAGAACUUAUAAAUCGAAGUAAUAUUCUGAAAAGAAAAAAUUUAAACGUGAAGGUUGUAAUCGGAGAUGAAGACAGUACUACGAUGGCUGCUGUAAAUAAUGCGAAUUUAAAAAACAAUGUGUCUAAAAAGGUUUAUAAACUAGCUGACAUGAAUCACUGUAAGCAAAAUGCAGUGAAUUUAGCAUCAGCUGUUCGAAGUAUACCAGAUCACUUAAUUAAUCGUCAUCAAAACUGUGGCGCAUGGUGUAGAACUAAAAAUAAGAAAAAAUCUGGAGUUUCGACACAAAAAUUUGUUAUUACAGACGAACGUUUGCAUAGCGAACUGCAAACUAUAUUCAACGUGUAUGCUGAUAAUGCUUCAAAAUACUGUGUUCCUGCAUCUAGUCAAGCCAAUGAAUCUUUGAACAGCAUUAUAUCCCAUCAGCUCCCAAAGAAUAAAAGUUACAGCACAACUAAUUCCGCUGAUUUUCGCGUUGCUUCAGCUAUUGCAGUAAAAAAUGAAGGGAAUUCUUACUUAGCUGAUGUUAGAACUAGACUUGGGCUUCCUAAAGGUGAACAUUGCGAAAAAUAUUGCAAAGAAUUAGAUAAUACCAGAGCAAAACAAUCUGUGAAAUCUAAAACUUACGAAUUUAAAAAACGUAGAUUGGAACUCACCGAGAAUAGAGUAAAUCUAAGAAAGAAAUUGGAAAGUCAGGAAGGAAUUACAUAUGAGAAAAACAUUGCUUUUGAAAAUAAUUCUCAACUCAUGUGUCUAAGUCCUCUCAGUGAAAAUUCUGCUUUAGCAGUUGAAAAUUGUCAAAUUAUAUUUUUCGAUUUGGAAACAUCUGGCCGGAGGAAAACGUCGGAUAUACUACAAAUUGCUGCAAAAGUAGAUGAUAAAACAUUCUCUGUAUUUAUUCAACCUACGCAACCAAUUGAUGAAGAAGCAUCAAAAGUUAAUGGAUUCGAAAACGUUGGUAAUGUUUUAUACUUAAAAGGAAACGAGUGUAUUACGAUUAGUAUGAUCGAUGCGUUGCUUGCUUUUUAUGAAUUUUUUUCAAAAAAUUCAAAAGGGUGUAUUCUCACUGCUCACAAUGCUUCUUUUGAUGUUUCCUUUUUAAUUCGAGAAAUCCAGAAAUAUUCAUUGGCUCAGGAAUUUCAAAAAAUUAUUUAUGGAUUUUGUGAUAGCUUACAUUUGUUUCGAAAGAAAUUUCCUUCUCGAAAAGGGACUGGAAUGUUUACUUUGUCAAAAUUAGCGGAAGAUUUUUUGACAAAUGGCGUUUCGCCUGAAAAUUUCCAUGAAGCACUGUAUGAUGUAAUUAUCUUAGAUCAAUUAGUCAAGUCUCUUUUAAAGCCAGACGACUUAUUCCUACAUGCGACAGAUUAUGUUUCUUCAGUAAAUAAGUCAAUUUUAGAUAAGCAAGUAGCCCUGAGAUCGAAAACGUUUCAUCCACUAAAAGGCAAAGUUACCGAUUACCUUAUAAAGAAACUCGCUUCCUCAGGACUAACAUUCGAAGAUUUAUUAGAAAAAUACAAAGACAGCGGAGAAGAAGGAAUCACUUUGUUACUUACUGAUCGACAGAAUAAUAAAAAACCACUUGUAGGAAAUAAGAAAAACACGUUGCCAAAGUUAAUAGAUGGCAUCAAGAGUGCAAUCAGCCAAAAAGAUUAA